AUGGGGCAGGACGGCGGCGCGUACGCCGUGGUGCUCUACUACAAGUACGUGCGUCUGUGCGAGACGCAGCAGGAGCUGGACGCCUUCGCCGCGGCGCACGAGGCGCUGUGCUCGUCGCUGGGGCUCACCGGCCGCGUGCGCCUCGCGUUCGAGGGCAUCAACGGCACGCUCGGCGGCUCCAGCGCCAGCGUGCAGAGCUACAUCGAGGCCAUGAAGCAGCGCCCGCAGUUCGCCGACGUGGACUGGAAGACGAGCGCCUCUAGCGUCGAGCCGUUCCCGGAGCUGCAGGUGCGCGUGGUGGCGGAGAUCGUGGCGCUGGAGCUACCCGACGACGCGUACGACUUGGCUCUGCGGGGCCAGCACUUGACUCCGGAGCAGUUCCGCUCCGCGCAACUGGACGCCGACCCGGAGUCCAUCGCGCUGAUCGACGUACGCAACACGUACGAGUACCAGGUCGGCCACUUCGCCGGCGCGCUGAACCCCAAGACUCGCCGCUUCGGACAGUUCCCGCAGUGGGUGCGGGACGGGCUGCCGAUGCUGCAGCAGAAGAGCAAAGUGCUCAUGUACUGCACCGGCGGCAUCCGCUGCGAGAAGGCCUCGGCCUACCUCAAGCACCUGGGGCUGGACAACGUCUACCAGCUCGAGGGCGGCAUCCACCGCUACCUCGAGCGCUUCCCGGACGGAGGCGGGCUGUUCCAGGGCAAGAACUUCGUCUUCGACCAGCGCGUGACCAUGGCGUCCGAGGACAAGUCGGUCACGGGCCAGUGCGAGCGCUGCCAGGUGCUGCACGACACGCUCUCGGGCACGCGCUGCGCCUACUGCCGCAUGCAUGUGCUGCUGUGCGAUGGCUGCCGCGCCGACGCCAAAGCGCGCGGAGAGACCGACGACGACGUCUUCUGCGACGAGCACCUGCCCUUGGUCUCCGGCUCGCUGGAAGACCUGCGCACGCGCGUGCAGUCACUGCAAGACUCGCUCGACAACGAACACGGCCGAGGCAAGAAGGGUCGUCGUCGCUCGCUCCGCAAGCAGCUUGACACCGUCGAGCGCCGGAUACAGCGCCUCGUGCCCACGCCUACUGCUUAAACUACAUUCUGACUGUGAGAGGUAACAUGACAAACACGCCGAUGUCGAUAACCCACUC